AUGGAAUCGACGAGCGCCAUCACGGUGAGUCCGAUUCCGAGACUCUUAUCCUACUUCAUAAUUUUGCAGCCUCGCUCAGUGCUGCUUCUCGGUAGUCUUACCAGCCAUGCACAUUCUUCCCCUUUCGUUCCACCCAAGCUUAUUGAUUUUUACUUUCAACCUCCUCCUAAUCCCGUGACAAGGUUUCCUUGUGCUGGUCGCCAAACGCUCCGUAUCCUCUCCGCUAAGAGAACCGGCAAGCAGAGGUACCCAUCGGAGAAGAAGAAACUAAAAUCCAAGCAUAAAGAAAUUAUCAAAGAUUUGAAGGACAAGAAUAAGUUUGAGGGCACAUGGAGGCUUUACAAGCUCGGGGUUCCAGUUGAUAGGGAUCCCGGCAAGGAUUUUCUCGAUGUUUCAGAUGGGCUUCUUGAAGAAAUUGCCAAAGCUAUUGAGUUCCCGGUUGGUUCACUGUUACCGCGCGAAGCUUUCUCGGUUGUUCGGAAAUCAUUUGACGCUAGGAAGAAAUUAAAGGAGCCCAAAUUUGUGCAUACUGUGGACAUGGAUGUAAAAAAACUCCUCGAUCUAGAGCCUCGAACUUGGGACUUCAUUUCUCAGCUAGAGCCUAAAGUUGGCCUUGUAGAGCACAUGCAUUAUGGAAGAGUUUUUGGUGAUUUGAUGAGUGUAAUACAUGAUCACAAAGAUAAUAAUGAAAGUGUAGUGACCAAUGUAGAUGGAAAUAACAUUUGCUCAGGAGAUUUGUACCAGAUUCGAGCUACCAGGAAGCCAAAAAUUGCAGUAGUUGGUGGUGGACCUUCAGGUCUAUUUGCUACUCUUGUUCUCGCGGAGCUUGGUGCAGAUGUAACAUUGAUUGAAAGAGGCCAAGCUGUUGAAAAAAGGGGGCGUGAUAUUGGUGCUCUGGUUGUUCGUCGAAUUUUAGAAACAGAAAGCAACUUCUGCUUUGGGGAGGGUGGUGCAGGUACCUGGAGUGAUGGAAAACUGGUAACUAGAAUUGGACGAAAUAGUGGCAGUGUUCUUGCGGUGAUGAGAACUCUAGUGCAGUUUGGAGCUCCACAAAACAUAUUGAUUGACGGAAAGCCUCACUUAGGAACAGAUAGAUUGGUUCCAUUGCUUCGCAACUUUCGGCAACAUCUACAAGAGUUGGGCGUCUCAAUCAAGUUUGGAGCAAGAGUGGAUGAUUUAAUAAUUGAAGAUGGACAUGUUCUGGGGGUUAUGGUAUCUGACUCAGCUGAUAGAUUACGAGCAAACAGCCAGAAGGUGGAAUAUGAUGCUGUUAUUUUGGCUGUUGGCCAUUCUGCUCGUGAUACAUAUCAAAUGCUUCUUUCUCAUGAUGUGGUUUUGGAGCCAAAAGAUUUUUCUGUAGGGCUACGGAUUGAGCAUCCUCAAGAACUGAUAAACAGCAUACAGUAUUCUGAAUUGGCCUCUGAGGUUCAUAGUGGGCGAGGUAAAGUACCAGUGGCAGAUUACAAAGUUUCCAACUACAUUCACGAAGAGAAUGGUCAUGAUUUAUCUAAUUCUGGAGUGGCUAAUCGUAGCUGCUACUCUUUCUGCAUGUGUCCAGGUGGUCAGGUUGUUCUCACUAGUACAAAUCCAUCUGAACUAUGCAUCAAUGGCAUGUCAUUCUCUCGACGAGCAUCUAGGUGGGCAAAUGCUGCACUUGUGGUGACAGUCACAAUGCAGGAUUUUGAAGCUUUAAAUUGUUAUGGACCUCUCGCAGGUGUUGAAUUUCAGAAAGAUUUUGAGCAAAGAGCUGCUAUAAUGGGAGGGGGAAACUUUAUGGUGCCUGUUCAGACAGUGACAGACUUUUUGGAAAGAAAGCUAUCUGUGACAUCGGUGCCUCCAUCAAGUUAUCGUUUGGGCGUAAAGGCAGCCAAUCUUCAUGAUUUAUUUCCGGUGCACGUAACUGAGGCUUUGCAGCAUUCAAUUGUAGCAUUUGACAAGGAGUUACCUGGAUUUAUCUCUAAAGAGGCACUCCUUCAUGGUGUAGAGACUAGGACCAGUUCUCCUAUCCAAAUUCCACGCAAUGCUGACACUUAUGAAAGCACCUCUCUGAAAGGACUUUACCCGGUUGGCGAAGGAGCAGGUUACGCUGGUGGGAUCAUUAGUGCAGCAGUGGAUGGAAUGUAUGCUGGAUUUGCCGUGGCCAAAAAUUUCAGCUUAUUUCAUGGUGACAUUGAGUCUGUUCUGGGCAAAGCUCAGAAUGUUGGCUUUGUCAAGUACUAGGCUUCAUCUGAUUCUUUCUCGGUUUUACCCGUUAGUGUUGCCAAGCGCACAAAUUUACAGGUGAUCCGCUACAAAUGGCUGUGGAUAGUGGAAUAAUAGGAUCCGUUAUCCCUGUCUCAUCACAGUGUAUUUGAGGUAGUGAAAUAAUCCUUCUUGGGCAAAACUUGUGCCUUUUCCAGUGGUUGCUAUCAAUUCUGCGGUAAAACAUGACAUGGAUAUUUUUUACUAGCUAUCCACAUAAUUGACAUUGUAAUCAAUGCACCUAUCACUAAAAAGUCCAUCCGCAAUUCCACAUAUCAUGUUCAUUUGAGAAACUUGGUAUAAGUUUUGUUAAUUCCUUUUACUUUGCUCAAAGAGCAGCAAACUAGCCAUUGAGAAAACCAUGGAUUGUAUUGUGAAGCUUCUUUUUCCUCGUGUUUGUGCAGCAAUAAUUCUUUGAUUAGUUUUGGACGAUUAUGAUCAAGGCAUGUUACACUGAGGUAAUCAUAGCCCUAGGAACGAUUCUGAUCAGCUGCUUUCUCUUUCCCAAUGAUCUUAGCAUAAAUUGAGAAGCAUACAGAGAGGCUUCCUUGCUGCUUGGAAGUUGGAGCAUGUCGCGAGACCCUCAUAUUCUGAACAUUUGACUUGGUAGCUGUAACUUCAGGUGACCAUCAAUCUGGUUAGUCAGUAGUCAUUUUAUUGGUGGCCCUUGAUAUAUGUUGAAGCAUAAGACAUAUUACUUAAUAAUUUUUUUAGAUGGACUAAGCUGAUUAUAAAUAGGUUUAUAAUUUGGUAUACUUUAUCAUGGGACCCAUACUAAUAAACUUACAUGUUUUUUCA